AUAAAAUGGAAAGUACAGGGAGCCUCUUAAAAGUUAUGGGCUACAUCCAUACAGAAGCUAGUAUCGACCAGGGAAUUAUCCUACAGGAUCCCAGAGAAGAUUUUAAGCUAGGUCAUGAAUUAAAGAGUAUAGACAUUAGAUAUAUGGUUGAAACAUUGAACAAGCCACCUUUUGAUUGAGAUUUAUCCAUAGUAGACUUAGACGUAAAGCAACCGUUUGAACUAUUGAAGUUGCUCAAUAGAGUCCUUGGAGAGUUUGAUGAUACACAAAAGGAGAUUGAUAUAGGAUCUGAGACUAGAGAAGAUACUACUAAUAGGAUCUGUAAAUUUUUGACCAUGCUUGGAGUUCCUUGUGAAACAGACUCAUCUCUUAGAUUUGGCCUCAGCUGUAAUAAUAAGGAAACAAUUCUUAAAAUAUUAAGCUGAAUUCUCCAGAUAUUUGAAAAUUCAAAGGAACAACGGGAUAGAUCUGCUUUCUUAUCUUCUAUCCCUAUUCCUGAGGAAUUUCUCAUGGAUGAACAAAUUAGGCAAGAAAUUAAUACUUACAAAAGCCUUCAAGAAAAGUUGAAUAUCACAGGAGAUCAUUUGAAAACACUCGAAUCAAAAGAUAAGCAACAAGAUGCAAUGAACAAACAAAUAACAGAAUUAGAACUCCAAAAGCAAGAGCUAUCAUCAAAACUAAAGAUUCUAAAAGACACCAAAAACGAUCCUGACUUCAUCGUCCUUCUCGAAGCCAUAAAACUUUUAUCAAAAGAGCAACUAUCCCAGUCAAAAAUCGACUUAAUGACAGCUGAACAAUCUCAGCUCCUUCAAAACACCAUCCAAGACAAGCACCACUCCCGAAGCCAACUUCUCAGUGUUUCCCAGGAGAUUUUAGGCCCUCAGACUGCAGAUGACCUCUUCUCUACUACUCUUAUUGCUGAUGUUCAGGAGAAUAGGGAGGGUUAUUACAACAUUCUAGAGCCAGAAUACGAAGAAAAAUCCACCCGCUGCUCUCUCCUCACAAAAUCCCUUGAAACACCCAUCACAGAAGACCAAAUCCUCCUCCUAGAGCAAGACUGAGCUACCCUAACCGCCGAAUGCGAGGCCUUAAACCUCAAAAUUCCCACUAAUUCCCCCUUCAAUGACCUUCUCAAAUAAAUUCCAACUCGCCCAGUUGACCAAGAAGAACCAGAUUGCUGAGCUCGCACAUUUAACAAGCACAAAAGACCAAUUUGAAGCCACUAUGCAGGCUGAAAAAGGGCCUUCUUUGCAGCUUAGACAGUUAGGACCCAGAAGACAGGAGCUUUAUGAGAAAUGAACAAAAAAAUUAAAGGAAAAGAAACUCAGAUAUGAUGCUAUGAAGAAGAAACUUGCAGACAUCACUUCAGAAAAAGAUGUAUUGACUAAGACCAAGGAAGGUCUAGAAGCCAAGAUUGAAAGAGAUGAGGAGAAGAGGAGGAAACUUGAAGAAAGCAAGGGAAUUUCUGGGUACAGGGGAAUAGAAAAAAAUCUUGAAAAGGUUAAGAAAGAGCUUGAUGAGAUUGAUACAUUUAAGAAAAAUAAACUUGAGCAACUGCAAGAGACCAAUUAUCUGCUCCAAGAACAGAUUAUUAGUAAGAAAAAUAGACUUUGAGCACCUAUAAAGAAAUUAAGAGUAAAUCGCAUGGCAUAUAAAAUAAUGGCUGCGGAAUAUGAGAGUUGAAAGAAGAAGCAUGAGGAGAGUCAAAUCCAUUUUAUAGCUGAUGAUGAGAAUCUCGAAGAAAUCACUGAUAAACUAUGACAUGAUCAUAAAAAAGAAGAGACAAAGUAUCACUCUCUCAAUAUUCAAAAUAAGAUUAACAUCGCUUUAGAGAAGAUCAUUCAGAAAGAGUCUGACUUCCAGAAUAACCCAGAGUCAAGAUUCUCUGACAACUUCAAGACUCUUUCUGAAAUGUACUCUGCGAAGAUAAAUCAACAGAAAGAAAUCAUCUGUAUUUUAGAACAAAAUUUAAAAGACAAGAAUGAUACUCAAGAAGAUGAGCAUUUGCAACUGAUCCAAACUGAUGAAGUAACUAUAGCCUCAACUGAGAACGAAACUAUUCAAUCUGAAAGUGCUCCCUCCCACUGAACUGAUCAAUAAUUUAUAGAUUUGUGUAACAGAAC